AAUCACGGCUUGAGGUCAGCAAAGCAAUGCUGCAGGCGGCUGCUAAUUUGUAGGCAAUAAAAUUGAAAUAUCCAGAAACAAAGGAAUUGCUUCCACAAAAUGGUAGGGCUUCAAUCCGAUAUACCUUCCACGAUUGCGAGUCGCGCAGCUUCCAGCUUCCGCAAUCUCAACCCCGCUGUCUUCUCCGCAAGCGCCACGGCGCCUCUCACAUUCUCACGAACCUUAUGGCCGUCGACCACCACCUCGCCGGUGAGGCUUAUUACGAGAGCCUUCUCAACCGGCGCUGGUGAUGUUGUCGAGAAGAUUCAAGAGAAGCCUUCGAUCUGUACGGCCGACGAGCUUCACUAUGUCUCCAUGUCGAAUUCCGAUUGGAGACUCGCUCUGUGGCGCUACGCCCCUUCCCCUCAGGCUCCUCCAAGGAAUCAUCCGUUGUUGCUUCUAUCAGGUGUGGGGACUAAUGCCAUUGGGUUUGAUCUCUCUCCUGGUUCUUCAUUUGCCCGUUACAUGGCAGGCCAGGGAUUUGACACAUGGAUUCUUGAAUUUCGAGGUGCUGGGCUGAGCAUGCAGGGUUUAAAUUCCAAACAGAUCAAGCAGUCUGCCAAUGCUAUAUCUCAGCAGAUAAAAGCUGCUGCAAGUGCAACAAAUGGAAGUUUUUCUAAAGGCCAGCAGUCUAACAUUUCUACUGGUGCUGAGUUGAGCAUGUUGGGAUUAAAUUCGAAAGAAUUUGAACAGUCUACCAAUGUCUUAUCUGACCAGAUGGAAGCUGCUGCUAAGAGCGCACAGCAGUCAAACAUUGUUCCAGGAGCCCUGGAAGAAUCUAAAAUCUCUGCUGUUAAAGAAGACACAAUGAGAAUAGCAACAGUAUGGGAUGAGUCUAAAUUAGUGACGAAGUUGACGGAAACUUUCAUGCUUUUAUCAGAAAGACUUUCUGGGUUUCUCAGUGAGGGCCAAUUGAAGAUUAUGUCUGCUAAAUUAUUUGAUCAAAUAUCUAAACUCAUAGAAGAUUCUCAACUAUCUGAACGUUUUAAUGAGGUAAGGGGAAAUCUUUCAAGGUUGUUGGAAACAAGGCAAAAUUCAGGUAUCACUAGCCAAAUCAGGGAUCUGAGUCAACGGCUUGUAAAUAUUAUUGAAGAAGGUCAACGAUCUGUAUCACCUCAAUUGUUUGACUUGCAAGAGCGAUUUUCUUCAACCAUAGAAGAUUUCCAGAAGCAACUUGACUUGAUUGUGAAAUAUGAUUGGGACUUUGAUCAUUAUCUGGAAGAGGAUGUUCCUGCUGCGAUGGAAUAUAUAAUGGCUCAAACAAAGCCAAAGGAUGGUAAGUUGCUGGCAAUUGGACACUCCAUGGGAGGCAUAUUGCUAUAUGCAAGGUUAUCAAAAUAUGGUUUUGAAGGAAGAGAUCCUAGCUUAGCAGCUGUUGUCACUUUGGCAUCCUCGCUUGACUACACAUCUUCAAACUCAUCCCUUAAAAUGCUCUUGCCCCUUGCUGAUCCUGCUCAGGCUCUCAAUGUUCCUGUUGUUCCUUUAGGGGCAUUAUUGGCAGCCGCCUAUCCUCUUUCAUCUGGCCCUCCUUAUGUCUUGUCUUGGCUUAAUUAUCUGAUAUCAGCAGAGGAUAUGAUGCAUCCCAAGUUGUUGAAAAAACUUGUCUUAAACAACUUUUGUACGAUUCCUGCUAAACUCCUCUUGCAGUUAACAACAGCUUUUCGAGAGGGUGGAUUAUGUGACAGGAGUGGCAGAUUUUUCUACAAAGAUCAUUUACAUAAAACUAAUGUCCCUGUUUUAGCACUUGCUGGAGACCAGGACUUAAUUUGCCCACCUGAAGCCGUAUAUGAAACUGCUAAGCUCAUUCCUGAACACUUAGUCACGUACAGAGUAUUUGGCGCAUCUGAAGGUCCACAUUAUGCGCACUAUGAUUUAGUGGGAGGACGAUUGGCAGUGGAGCAAGUGUAUCCCUCUAUAAUUGAAUUUUUAAGUAGUAAUGACUCAGCAUGAUAUAGCACAUGAGAGUUUGUUGCCCACAAAAGAUUACGGGAGCAAACUCAUCUCUUAACAGGCAAACGCUCUUUCUCUUUCUCACUCUCACUCCUCCUAGAUGGCAACAUGAACCCCGCUCAGACAUUCUCAUCCCUUAGAAGGUAAGUUCUUCUCUCUUUCCUUUUAGGAAGGCUGUGCAUCUGAAGCACUCCUCAUGGAGUGAAGGAACCUAAAAAUCUUGAUCUACAAUUUAUGAUUCAGGAGCUGGAAGUUUCCAUGUAUAUUUCUCAGCUCUGUGACUGCUCAAUGAUUUAUUAUAAUUUCCUUUUUCAUGAAUUUGGUUUGCUUUUCGGUGUCCAGAAACAUGUAGCGCAUAUUUGCUCAAAUGCUUCAUAUGUUUCAAUAGAAUUCAAUUCCUGAUUGUGAUUUUUUAAGCUCGUGGGGCAUGACUAAAACUUGUUUAUCCAUUAACUUCUUUGAUAGGAAAGAAAUUUUUUGGGUGAAAGCUAAAUCUUGUUUGUCUUUUAUCCUCUUCUCCCGGCCGUUGACAACAAUGUGCCUUCUAUAGAAGAGAUGAUAAGCAUUGCUUCACCUUGAUCAACCCUCAUUAGAUGGCUGGUGCGGCUGGGCCCCACCGCAGGCUUUGCUCUUAUUCUGGCCCAAACCGGUACCCCAACUACCCAACUACAAAAGAGAAGGGAAGAAACCCAAAUACAAGAAGUAUCGCGGGGAAAAUAUGGGAAGUUCCUUGAUAUAAUUGGGCUGUUCAAUUUUACAUCAAACAAUGACCAAUUGGGAACCAACACUCUGGUAGGAAAGGGAUGUUCUUGCUUUACGUAUGAAUGAUUGCAUCCAGAAUCAGAGCCUUGUGAUGAAGAUAUCGUCCUCUGGACUUAAAGCAGAGAAAAGGAAGGAAGAAAGAAAGAAAAGAAAGACGAGAAGUUGAAAACUAAUGCAAGAGAACUCCCUAGACGCCAGGAGCACAAAUGCUAGCCUGUAACUCUUCCAGACUCCACAAAAAACACCCAGGAUCUUCCGUUGAGCAAACAAUGUAGAAAAUGGGACGCCCCAAACACCUGCUUAUAAACUUCUUCAUGAAUUCAGAAUUGAAUUAAAGCCAGA